CAGCUGCAGGCCGUGAGGCCCUUCGGCGCCUCCGCCCCUCGAACUCCAUUUCCCAGCGCGCGCUGCAGGCCCGGCCCUGCCCUGCCGGCGGGAGGCGGCUCCGGCUCCGCUCUCGGUCCGGUUGCGCGUGAGGGGAGCCGGGGCCAUGAGCCGCCUGGGCUCGGUGCAGCGGAAGGUGCCCUGCCUGUUUGUGACGCAGGUGAAAGAGGAGCCCUCGGCCAAGCGGGAGCGCCAGCCAUUUAAAGUUUUGGCAACUGAAACCAUAAAUAGAAAGGCGUUAGAUGCAGAUAUAUACAAUGCAAUUCCAACUGAGAAGGUGGAUGGAACUUGCUGUUAUGUAACAACGUAUAAAGGGCAGCCGUAUCUUUGGGCGAGGUUGGAUAGAAAACCCAACAAACUAUCUGAGAAAAGGUUUAAAAGAUUCCUGUAUUCAAUGGAAGACUCAAAAGAAUUUAUUUGGAAUAUUGAAGAAGACUUCAGACCUGUCCCAGAAUGCUGGAUUCCAGCAAAGGAAAUCCAGCAAUCCAGUGGAAACCCUUUGCCUGAUGAAAAUGGACACAUUCCAGGUUGGGUGCCAGUGGAGAAAAAUAGCAAACAAUAUUGCUGGCAUUCAUCUGUUGUUAAUUAUGAGGCUGAAAUAGCCCUUAUAUUGAAGUGCCAUGCUGAUGAUCCUGGACUUUUGGAAAUCAGUUCUGUGCCAUUAUCAGAUCUUUUGGAACAAACACUGGAGCUUAUUGGAACUAAUAUUAAUGCAAAUCCAUAUGGAUUAGGAAGCAAGAAGCACCCUGUUCAUCUUCUUGUACCACAUGGAGCAUUUGAAAUAAAGAAUCCACCUAUGCUGAAACACAGUGAUAUAUUGACUUGGUUUGAAAGCUGUAGAGAGGGUAAAAUUGAAGGAAUUGUAUGGCAUUGUAAUGAUGGACAUUUAAUCAAGCUCCAUCGACAUCAUCUUGGUAUGUGCUGGCCAAUUCCAGAGACAUAUCUGAAUUCUCAACCAGUUGUCAUUGCUGUUAAUAGGACCAAAUAUGACUGUGACUUUGAACCAAAGUGUUUGUUUAACCAUUUUUCAAAGCUGGAUGGGCAGAGGUUCAGUAGACUAAAAGAUAUAAAGUUUGAUGUUUAAAGAGAAAAAAGAAUCUUGUCAGAGGUGGCUGCCAUAUGUAUUAUUGUACCUUCUUCUCCUGCUUUGCCCACAAUAUAAGUGGAUAUUUUUGCAAAUAAUUGUGGCAUAGGGAGCUACAAUGCAAAUGAUUGGCAUAAAUAUGAUCAAUAAUAUGAAGCAAAAGAGCAGUAAAAGCAAAUCCAAAAUAGAUCUCCCUCUCUUAGAUUUCAGCACAUUUGUUGUUUGGUUUUGAAAGAGCCUUAAAUGUUGAAACUGUUGGGGCUAAGAGGAAGACAGUGUUUAAUGUUAGCUGCUUCCAUGGGCUUGUAUAGUGAAGCAGAAAGUGAUGGUUUUAAAACAAAAACAGAAGUCAGCUAACUUUUAGAGUUUCUGAAUUUUUACAGCCUGCAGUUUAUUCUGAAGUCAAACUGCAACUCACAGAACACUCAUGUUUGGGCCCAAUGCUUUCUAUUAUAUCUGUGAAGUAACACAGAUUUAAAUCAGUAAGACAGACCAUAAUCAGGCCCUACAUUUUUAAAAAAUGUUUACAAUUGUAACAAUUUUUUAUUUGGAUUUAAACAUUCCACAAUAUUUGUAAUCCCCCUCCCCCCCCGCCCUAACCCAUGCUGCAGUAGUGUGCUACGGCUUGAAAACCAAGUAGUGAAAUUGUUUACAUUAUCCAAUCUCUUGGGACAAACUGUUUUUUUUUUUGUUAAUAAGC